CGCACAUCCACUGCCGACUCGGGCUGUGCUGUGAGCUGCCAGCCUGGGCGCCCCUGGGGUGCUUCUGGGCCUCUCCUGUCCAUGUCACCCAGCAGGGUCACUGCAGGUGUCUGCAAGCAACGGAGCUACCUUGGUCUGAGCAAAUCGCAGGCCGGGGGGGGCAGGUUUGUUUGUGACUCAGGAAAGGGGAAGUGGCAAGAGGAUUGAUUGAGCCAUCAGCUACUGACACUUCUGAGAUGAUCCUUGAUGUGUGUCUUGUCCCGAUACCCGGCGGAGACUCCCGGGGCCUGGGCAGAUGAGACUGCUGCCGCGUACUGAGGAGAGGCCUCCCACGUCCUGGGGUCAGACUGCAAGCCAUGCUCGCGGGAGUUCGCUGCCAGCGGCAUCCCCACGUCAGACUGCAGCAGCCCAGACACCAUCUCCCCAUCCCUGAUUGCUGAAGAUGAAGUCUUCUUCACCAGCAUGGCAGAGGAAAAGGAAGACUCGUCGUCUCCGGAGCCGGAUGCGCUGAUGGGUGAUGUGCACAGCAGCACUGAGGAUCUCCUCUCCAUAGACUUCGCUCUCCACGGCACAGAGUAUUACAGAGACCUGGGGCUGCCGAACCUGCCAGAGGCCGGCGUGACUCCAGCAAUGGCCAUGCUGCCAGAACAGACAGGCCAGGCGGCGCCCAGCUGUCCUGUACCGGAAGAGAAGCCUAGAGGCUUGGGGCGAACGCUUGUGGGCAUUGCCUGCCCCGAUCCCAUCUCCGGCUCAGUGCAGUCCAGGGAGGCCAGCUGCCAUUUCCUGAACAGUGACUCUGCUUGCUCCUGUGGGGCAGGGCCCCAGGACAGCCCCCCUGUGGGGGGGUGCCUGGCAGAGCAGGGUAAAGGACUGGAGUUGCAGGAGGAUGAGCAGUCCUUCCCCGCGCUAAUGAGAUCCAUGUCCACCUCACGGAGGCACAGCUGGGAAAGCCCCGUGUCCCCUACAGAGAGCGGGCGCAGGCUAAGCCUGGAUGCCUCCGAGAUCGCCAGUGACCUGGAGCAAGAAGAGCUCGAAAGGAGCCUGCCCUGCCUGGCUUCCUGUGUGUCCCUGGAGCUGCCCACGGCUGGGGAGGAGGCCUGGGGAGGCCAUGGCAGCACUCUGAUAAAAGUUGAGAUAGAGCCCCUGCAUCUGAACUUCGCCAUCGUGCCCGAUCACGAGGACACAGAAUAUGGCAGCAAUGGGAAGAGACUGAGGUCAAAGUCUGUUCCUUCCGCCUGUGACAAGGUUUCCUCUCCUCGAAUCUCUCACAACCUGGAGGUGUUGCUCCCAGUUGCCAAAGGUCUUGAACCGCCUGCGCUGGAGACGAUUGAAAAGGACCAUGUGGCCCCAGACCAUGUGCUGAUCGUCCAGCAGGUGCUGCAGGAGCUGAAACAGUUUCAUGGGGCGAAGCAAAGGGCCUGCACAGCCGAGGGCAGCAAUGAAUCCCAGCAGAACCUCACCUGGUUUGAGUUCCUGACUAAUGAGGCUGAGGACAAUGGGAAGAGUGACAAGAUUGAGAGAGGCACCAAGGUGAAGCGCCGGCUGAGUUCCCUGCGGAACCGCGUCACCGGCUCCUGGCAGAAGGAUAAGGGUAAGAACAAAGACCAACAAAAAGAGAGAGAAAAGAGCCAAAAGUGGAAAAGGGUCAAUGGGCACCAGCUGGCGCCAGGGACUUUCUCCAGCUUCACCAGCUGUUCACUGUGCGCCAAACCUCUGGUGAAUAAACAUGGUCUGCAGUGCCUGAACUGUGCAGUGAAUGUCCACAAGAACUGCAAGACCUUACUGGCUGAAUGCAGCAGUACCAGACCCAAGCAGAAGGAUUUGCAACACAGACCUCCUGGAUCCCCACAAAGUUCACCCCAGUGCUUUUACCCAGCAGCCUCUCUGAAGGAGCAGCCCCGAAGUGCCCUUCUGGGAUCGGAUGGCACCCCAGUUCUGUCUCGGCAUCUCGGCAUGACUAUCACCCAAAGAGGAAAUUCGCCGUCUGCAUUGAAUACUGCUGUUUCUGUUAAUAAAUUUGGACCAAUCACAGGAGAAAUGGAUGAAGGGGAUUCGGGAUUUAUAAAAUUUAAGCAGACAUCAGAUGAUGUUGUCUCACUUGCACCUUCAACAGCAGAAUCCAUUUUUCUGGAAGAUGUAUACUUUUCCUCUCUGAGAAGUGAGAUAGAAACAGAUGCUCAUGAGUUUGAGGCAGAAUCUUGGAGUCUCACAGUGGAACAGUCUUAUGCAAAGGAGCAAAAGAGAGCAGUUAUGAAAAGGCAAGAUGUCAUUUAUGAGCUCAUGCAGACUGAAAUGCAUCAUGUCCGAACACUGAAAAUCAUGCUGAAGGUGUACUCCAAAGCACUGAGAGAGGAGCUGCAGUUCACGAACACUGUCAUCAACAAAAUCUUUCCUUGUGUGGAUGAAUUGUUGGAGUUGCAUGGGCAAUUCCUGUUUCAAUUAAAGGAGCGACGGAAGGCGUCCUUGGAGGAAGGCAGUGACCGGAAUUACAUUAUCCAGAACAUUGGCGACCUCUUGGUACAACAGUUUUCAGGCGAAAGUGGAGAGAGAAUGAAAGAAAAAUACAGUAUGUUCUGUUGUGGUCACAAUGAAGCCGUCAGUCACUAUAAGGACCUGCUGCAGAGCAGCAAGAAGUUCCAAAACUUAAUAAAGAAAAUAGGUAACUCUUCUAUUGUGAGGAGACUUGGUGUCCAGGAAUGCAUCCUCCUAGUCACUCAACGCAUUACGAAGUACCCAGUGCUGGUGGAGCGUAUUAUUCAGAAUACAGAAGCUGGCACUAAGGAUUAUGAAGAUCUGUCCCAGGCACUCAGUUUAAUUAAGGACAUGAUCACUCAUGUAGAUGCCAAGGUAAAUGAGUGUGAGAAGAGGCAGCGUCUUAGAGAGAUUAUGUACAAAAUGGAGCUGAAAUCAUCAGGGAAAUUCAAGAAUGGGCUGCUCUUCCGGAAGAAUGACAUGGGGCAGCGGCAGCUCCUGCUGGAUGGGAUGCUGUUCUGGAAAGCCGCAUCAGGGAGGCUCAAAGAUAUUCUGGCUGUCCUGUUAACUGAUGUACUUUUGCUGUUGCAAGAAAAGGACCAAAAAUAUACUUUUGCAUCUGUGGACUCUAAGCCACCAGUUAUUUCAUUGCAAAAGCUAAUUGUAAGAGAGGUAGCUAACGAGGAGAAAGCAAUGUUCUUAAUUAGUGCCUCAUUAAAAGGACCAGAGAUGUAUGAAAUUCACACCAGCUCCAAAGAAGAGAGAAAUUCUUGGAUGGCGCACAUUCGCAGAGCUGUGGAAAGCUGCCCUGAUGAAGAGGAAGGAACAUUCAGUGAGCCCGAAGAAGAAAGGAGACUGGCUGAAGCACGAGUUGCUAAAAUAAAAGAAUUUCAAGACCGUCUGAGCAUGAAAGAUGAUCUGAUUUUGCAAAGUCUAAAUGAGAAACAACAGAUUUAUCUAGAAAUGUCUGAAAUGAAUGGGUUUGAAGAUCUUUCCCAAGGAGCCCGAUCCAAACUCCUCUUCAGGGGGGAGACCUCAGAGAAUCUGCAAGGAGAGGUGAUCCUGAAAUCUGCAGUGACAGAAAUUGAGAAUCUCCAGAACCUGAUCUUCACACACUUAGCCAACGGGACCGGUCGUUCUGAAGACAGCUGUGGGUUGGGGCUACCCAGGAGAGCGGAGACCUUUGGGGGAUAUGACAGCACCACCACAGUGCCAAACAAAAAUGGUAGUUUUAAGAAGAAGGUCUGUGGUAAUGACCAGAGGCUGAGGGACCGGAGAGGCCCUGCAAUAAGUUCAGAUGUGCAGCUCCAAGACCUUCCUCUUGAUGCAGAAGAAGGACCUCCCACAAGUGAUGUAAUGAGACUGGAUUACAACAGCAGUUUUCAGCCCCUCCUGGAAUCUGAGCUUGUCCAACGGAUACAGAGGCUGUCCCAGUUGCUCCUCAGCCUUCAGGCAGUGAUAUCACAGCAGGACAGCUACAUUGAAAUCCAGCGAGCCACCAUCAUAGAUCGGGAGAAGCAGUAUCGGCUGCAGUCCACGCGUGGGAACCUGCUGCUAGAGCAGGAAAAGCAGCGCAACUUUGAGAAGCAGAGAGAAGAACUGGCCAAUGUACAGAAGCUUCAGAACCAGCUGAAGGUGGAACAGCAGCGUUGGGAACGGGAGAGGGACCGGCAGCAGAGGGAGUUUGAAAGUAUAGAGGCACGGUUGCAGGAGCGAGAAGAGGAGACUCGGCAGCUGAAGGAUCGCUUGAACCAGGAGAGGGAGGAGCUGGAGAGACAACGAGAGGCCUAUCAGCAUGACCUGGAGAGGCUACGGGAAGCGCAGAGAGCAGUUGAGAAGGAGAGAGAGCGUGUGGAGCAGCUAAAGAAGCUGAAAAAACAGAAUACGGUGUUGGGCGCGUUCUCCCCAGAAAUGGGACAGAGUCAAAUGCUGAACCAUUCAGUCAGUUUCAAUGGAGAAGGGCUAGAAGGGUCUGUGCCACACUUGAAGCCCUCUGGGAGGGCUAGUGUCUUGGGAAUGGAUUAUGUGGAGCGGCCAGAGCUGGUUCGCAGGGACAGUGCCAUAUUGGAGAAUCGUCCGGUUCUUGCAAUGAAGAACGAAGUGCCAAUCCACCUGCUGAGUGCAACCAACCAGAUACAGAAACCGGCUGCAGUUCAGCAGCAAAUCCCCACCAAGCUUGCCACCUUCACAAAAGGAAGCAAAGAAAAGGGGGGGAAAAGCAAAGCAUCGCACAGGACAGACAGCUCAGCAUCUGUUGACCUGAAACAACUGCUUACACCUAAACUUGUUGGGAAAGAUGAGGGUGCACUGAAGAACAGACGGUCAGCGAGCCCGGGCCUCCCGAACAGCCAGAGCAUUGCGUUCCAGCCAGAGAUUUACAGCCCAGCUGACAGCCAGCCCGAAGCAGUCAAUCCAUCCAAGUCCAACAGUGUUCACGUCCACACCUUGGUGGCCUCUCCGCCAGCCCUGAUAAAUGCUGAAGACGAUACCUGCAAGGAAGAUGUCAUUUUUUUCUAAGCGUUUCCUGUUCAAGGAGGUCCUUGUGCCAUGCCGUUUCAAAGAAUGGAAGCUCAGCAUUGUGGAUGUCCUUCCACCACUGAUCCAGUGGAACAGGAUUUCAGUGUUGCUUGGUUGGCUUCUCUACUGACAGCUCAAAAUGAGUUCACCAUAGUAACACACUUUUCCAAGCGUGAGAAAGUAUUGAUUUUAUAUGGCUUAGGUGUAUAAAUUCAAAGCCUGUUAAAAUGUUGCCAUCUACUGUAAUUUGCUCUCUUCGGUGAAUUCGCAGUAGCUCUUGGUAGAUCUUUUACCUUGUAAAGCAAGUCAGUUUUAGUUAAUGUUGGGCCUCUCAGAUUUUUUUAUGUAGAAGUUUUAACAAUAGGCCCUCAAAUGGCUGAGAAGUUUAAUUCUGUCUUUACGGAGCAGUGAUCAGUGUAAUGGAUUAUUCAUUUUGUUUUAAUAACUAGCCAGACCACAAGCCAGUCUUCUCACAACCAGCGUGACAGAGGAGAGCUAGCCACUCGCAUGAAAGGAAUAGCAUCUUGUACCUUCUAAUGAGUUCAGCGGAACAUGUGCUCACUGCACAUGCACAAUGUAAGAGGGACUGUAAACCUCUUUAACAUUCAAAAAAUCCAAGGGCCAAAAAACUCCCCCUAGUUGUGGCAGCAAAGGGUUGGACAUGUAUAAACUCUCUAACGUGGUAAUGAAUAAUUGUGCUAGGAGAGCACAUUCCCUGGCCAUCACUUGCACUAGGUCUGAUGUCCCUCUUCGGGAAAGGCUCCUUAAAGACACAUCAAGUAGAGAACCAUCUCCAUGACUGUGAGUGUGUUGGUUCAAAAUUAACUUUGAGUCUGGGGUUUUCUUCCUGCUGAAGAUGCUGACCAUAAAGAGCUGGUUCAGCAUGCAGUUGGUUACUGUCCUGUCUAACCUCUUGUCUCCUGGAUCUUUGUCUGUCUGCCACCUCAGUGGACAUCACGCUAAGGACUGGAAUGUAACAAAGCUGCUGUUACUGCCGAGAGUGCUCUGCCGCACUAUGUCAGGAAUGAAGGGAAUAAGGAAUAUUUAGAAUAAUUUACCAUUAACUAAAUCAUCUUACAGCUGCUUUGACAUCUCCUCUUAUUGGAUGGGUCGGGUUUAGCAAAUCUUGGAAUGGUGACAAAGUUAAUACCGUUCUGCUCAAAUGGCAAUGUGCAUUUCGGGAAAUCAUUCAGCGUAUUACAGGACUCCAGUGUGUCUCAGGUCUUGAAUAUGCACUACAGCUAAUGAACAUGUAACCUGCACAUGGAAGUGUCUGGUCCAAUAUACUGCGUACAAUGAUAUGCACCCAAAGGGAUUGUUCAGAGGGGACAAUGCCAUAGGAAGGGAAACGUCUUUCUCGACCUCAGGAAGCUUGGGAAAUGCUUCCCAAAGUCCGAUGGCAGGAGACUGGGCGCACAGAAUCCGGGCUAACGUCAUUUCAGCACAAGUUAGGACAAUUUCCCAACCAGAAGCAUUGGGAUAUGCUGCUUUAUUCCAGCCUGAGCGGAACGCGAGCCGUUCCCUCUGAACGGGCAGAGCACGUGUGACCUGCAAAUAAAAUACUCUAUGGCACUAACUUCAAUUCAGCCCAAGUAUUGUCGACUGUUCAAUGAUGGAAGCCCAGGAGGUCUUACAAAGUGUCAAAAGUAUUUGCUGCAGAAUUCUGUCUUGGUUUCAAAGUGGCUAAAUGGUAUAAGCAGGAUUAUUGCCCCAAACAAGCUCAGCUGCAGUUGGGAAACUCAAAUAUACUGGAAGUCUGUGAUCAGUGAGGGAGAAAACACAAAUUUGGAAGCCAAGUGGCACUGUGCCUGCUGUGCUGAGCAAGUGCCAUCUCCUGUGGUGCUGCCUUCGACAUUGCUGGCUUAAUUCUCCUCUCUGGUGCAAAUCAGGAGCAAUGCCAUUAAAGUCAGUGGAGUUACACUGGUGUAAGUGAGAAGAGAAUCAGGCCCCAAGUCGUUUGGUUUAUCUCCAGAGAAGUGUCCUCUAGACGCUCCUAUUGAAUUUUUUUUGUUUUGAGACAAGUUGUUUCUAAAUCAGGCCCCUUUGGCUGUGGUGUUGAAGUGCUGCUUGCGGAUCUGCAGCCUUGCAGAGCUUGUGCAGUUUGUUAUGGAGCCGAGGGGCAGAGAGCUGGUCGGUCACAUCAAGAGACCGCCUGGUGCUGGCAUCAUGAUACUGCGGCGUUGUGACGCAGUGUGUCCUGUUCUUAGUGGUCAGGACACAGGACCAUGAGGAGUUUGUGGCUCUCUUCAUUUGACAAAGUCUGUCUUCUUCACCCUCUUGCUGGGCUGGAAUCUCUUCUCUCCUUAGAGUAAGAUGAGUUCUUAUCUAACCCGUGGACUCUGGAGACCUGCACGAGGGCCCACCGAGCCGCCCAGUAAGGGUUGAUUUCUGUAUUUGAUCUGCUGAUGCUGCAAUUCCAGUCCCGUGUAAAAGAGACUCACACAUUUCCUUAUGUGAACGUACAUCAAAGCAACAGGUGUGCAGGACUGCAAGCUGAAACUCUCUUGGGCCAUUCCCUUAGAACCCCUGGUGUCAGGAGCUACGCUUACGGCCGUGGUCCCAGUCCAGGGGGUGGGGUGGGGGUGUUAAACCCAUUUUCCGAAACAAUUACGUCAUUUGAUUUGUGUCAUUCUAACAUUGUGGGAGAUAAAUAGUCUAUGGGUCUACAAGGCUUGUUUAGCUGCUGCUAUCCUCACCCCUCCCUGCAAUAAAUGCGCUGAGGUAGAAGAGUGACACCUGAAACCGCUAGGUCUGUAACGAGAUCUCAUCAGAAAUAUAACCCAAGUUUUAAACAUCUGCUUUAUCAGUGUUGUUCCCAGGAAGUGAUUGCAGCUACCAGUGAGCAGACGUGGUGCCUCUUGGGUGGCAUCCCUAGGGCUCCUUCCCAGAUGGGGCCUUCAAUCCACAACUAAGGAGCUACCUUAAGAGUUAGCAUCUGCCUCGGUGCAUACGUCUCACUGCUGCUAGCAUUUGUGCAGGGUGCAUGCAUCUGGUGUGGUGACUGGACCCCUUUGACUCUUGGUCUCUUGAGUCAAACUCAGGUUUGUUUGUUUCUUUAAGUGCCAACCUAGGCAUUGAUGUGAUUUUUCUGUAGGGUGACCGGCCUGAAGAGGCGUACUGGUGAAUUAGCGAAUGAGGUGCUAUCUUAAUGAUAGUGUGUGCAAAAUCUGUAACUGUCCAAUGCUCCAGACCAAAAUAUGACAUUCACCUACCAAAAUGCAAAAUAAAUCAUUUGUGUGGAGCUGAGAAGAAAAGGCAAUUAAAAAAAAUCACCUGUUCAUUUUUGCUAAGUCAGAGGCCUUGAAAUUUCAUUAAAUUCCUCCGAUUUCACUAGACAAAUGUUGUUGUUAAAAAAUAGCUCAUUUGGGGUAUUUCGCCCAGCACUAGUUUUUAAGCAAAUUUUUUUCCUGAAGCAGACUAGAUUCUAAAGAUGCUGUUCAAGUCUGGGGUAAUUGACGUAUUCCUAAUGAUCUUUAGUGAGGAACUUACUUAUUUUAAGUGGGGGGAGGGGGGAAGCUCACUACCGAAUGUUUGCUUUUAAAUACUGUUGCUACAGAUCAGAAGCUCCAUGCCGCCCUUCCUGCCUGAACUCACCCUUUGGUCCUUUACUGCCCUGAGGUAUGGUUGGACCUUUGAACUACUUGGGUGUUCUUCGCUUUGUGUCCCAGCCUUACCAUUACGGAUCAUGUGUGUGUUUCGUAUUGUGGCUUUGAAAUGUUAAGGUUGCUUGUAGUCUUUGAUCUUCAGUUUUAAAAUCCAGUCCGAAGGCUGCUUCCUUUUUCCUGUCAGUUCAAACUGCUGUCACUUCAUGUUUCAUGCCUUUAGAUUCCAGUAUCUUCAUCAAGUGUGCGCUCACUCUGACACUCUAUCUUAAGGGCUUUGUUAGCAUCUGACUUUCCUAGCUGUGAAUUGUAGGUGCAGCAGGUCCAGCAAGUUGACUUUUGAAAUCAGUGUCCUGUGUGGGGGGAAGAGUUGCUGAUUUCUGGAGAUGCCUGUUCACUGCAUACCAGUUACCAGUGUGCCUGGACAAGCAGGGGUAACUCCGAGAAAUGGUGGCAAUUCCGCCUUUCUAAAUUGUCCUCCAUUUUUAGUCCUGUAGCCAGAUGCAGGUGACUGUUUGAGUCCAUUCAGGGCACUUGUUAAAGCAAAUGGCAAAACACCUAGAAUCAAAGUCGCAUAUUAGACUGGAAUAUGGUUUAAAAAUAAUUAAAAAAAAAAAAAAAAAUCCUUAUACCUGAUCCUGCCGAAUCUAAUUAACCUGAGUCUCUGCUAAUGCUAGUGAGUGACGUACCAGUUCGUUGCAUAGAUUCCUCUCCACAAGAGAAUGCAGGAGUAUUUUGUCGUCUUCCCAGUUCUCAGCAUUUUUUAAAAUCUCCCUUUGCAGUAGAUUUUACCGCCGCCAUGGCUGCAACCCUGGUGAUUGAGAAACCAGGAGAACAGCCUGUCCCCUGCUUCAAGGCCAGUCCAGUACCUUUGAAAUCGUUAGCGGCCCUUUAUCCAUGGUGUGUGCAUGUUACUUGUCGAAUUCCAUUUGUGCCAUGUUUCCAAUCAGUGUUUUAUAUUUUUGUACUGAAAAAAAUUGGAGCACUUUAGGAAGGUUUAUUUUAAAUUCCUCUUCUGUUUGUCCCAAAGUAAAUGCUCAUGAAAGUAAAUCCUGUUGUAUCUCGCUCAGUGAGUUGUGAACUGUCUUAAUGCUGUUUAGUCUUAGGUCUGGUUUAAAGGUACCCUGCGCUGCAAUGAUUCAUGAAUAAUCAUGAUUUAUGGUUACAUGGGAUUUAAAUUGACGAUUUUGUUGGGGGAAUGUCUCGGUUGUUUUCCUUUUGUUAGGAUGUAAACAUUGUAAAUAGUUCUUCUGUCAAUAAUUCAGUAAUUCAACUUCUUUGUAGUCCUUAAUUUUAUUUGUAAAGUCAAUGGUUAAAUGUUAAUAUUCUCUUGAAUUGUGCACGUCUUGGUUAAUUGUAACUGUGAUCUGAGCACACCAAACCAUUGAUUUUUUUUCAAUGAUGGCAAUGUUUCUCCACUGAAGGGUUUCAGAGUGGCAAUAGAUCUGAAACCAACUUCCAGCAAUAAAAAUACCCUCAAAAACUA